AUGACCCCUGCGACGACGCCCAUAUUGACUAAUUUCUUUGCGUCCCAUAAUUCGCACUAUUGGCUAGUCACCCAGGAGCCAGUCCUCUGUUGCACGAUCUUGAUGAUAGCCGCGCGUUACCAUACCCUUCCAGGGCCGUCAGGAGCGUCUCGAGGAUUCUACAUCCACAAUAGACUAUGGCAACACUGCCAGCACCUCAUCUUACGGAUCAUGCUUGGGCAAGAGAAGUUGUCGAAGGCAAAAACGAGGCAUCUUUCCACCAUUGAGGCUCUUUUACUCCUCUCGGAGUGGUACCCGCUGGCUCUACACUUUCCGCACGAAACCGACGGGUGGGACUCGGAUUGGAUGUUGACGACGCUCAUGAUGCCUGAUCCGCCAAUGACCGUGCAGGAGCAUCCAAUGAAAGACCGAUGGAGGGAAGACGUUGUUGAGCCCACAAGGCGCGCGGAUCGCAUGUCCUGGAUGCUUGUCAACUCUGCGCUAGCCCUUGCCCAUGAGCUCGGCGUCUUCGAUUCAAGAACCCAUGGUAGUAUCGCGAAGAAACAAGAACAUAUCACGGGUCCAGAUGUCGCGAGCUAUCUCUGUGACCUGGAACUGAGACGCCUACGACUCCCGUCCCUGUUGUUCACAAUUGCGAAUCUUCUUUCCUCGAGGAUUGGUUGUACUUCCAUUAUGCGAGACCAUGCCAAACAAUCGAAUCUCGACAGGAUAAUGACAGUGGAUCCAGAUUGGGCCAGAUUCAUGACCUCCUGGGUCGAUCUGACGGGAUUGACGCUGGCUUUGCGCGAAACAUUCUUGAUUGGAAGCCAAGCAAAUCACAGCGAGCUUUUCGAUUUUGAGUUGCUGGAGCAGUGGAAGGUGCAACUUGCAGCGUGGAAGGAUCACCAUCAAGGGUUCCAGAGCUCUCAAUACGACAAUAUCCUUCACAUCGAAUACCAAUACCUGAGAGUAUUCGCCAACUCGCUCGGCGUCCAAGGAAUCGUCGAGCGCGUCCUCUCUAAUACAGCUCCGCAAGAAACGAUUGAUGCAACCUUCGUCUCGCAGGCACAGCAGUUGAACAUGAGCAGAAACGAGUACGAAUUCAUCGAAGAGGUCAUCGAUGGCACCUGUGUGAUACUUACGCAUAUCAUCUCUCUCGCAGACCUGCGAUGUCUACCGAUGCGUGUCUUGUCACGCAUGAUCAGUUCGUCAAUAUUUCUCCUCAAAACACUCGCCCUCGGUGUGAGGAAGACGAAACUGCAGGCGUCGUUGCGCCUGUUGGACACGGCUGUCGCUGCUUUACUCUCGAACCCGCUUGAUGAUAUUCACUUUGUGGCGCAGUAUGCUGAGUUGCUGAAAACGCACGUUUCUCGUCUGCGGCAGACAUUCGCCAGCUCUGUGUCUACAGAGUUCCAGAGCAAUUCUUCGAAUCAGGACGAGUCACACAACAUUCAAGAGCAUGGACAGAUUCCGAGUAACGAGACUGCGUGGGAUUCAAAUAUGAUAGACUGGUCCGGCGAAGGUCAACUGGAUCUCGGCGACUGGUUGUCGCUUCCGUUGGACCCGCUGAUGGCGCCGUUUGGUACAUGGGAUGGGGGACCCAUGGAUCUGGGUGUUGAUUCCGAUUGUUUAGACUUAGACUUUAUUUGGAACUUGCCUCCAUAGGCAGGCAUUUACAGAUACCCCGUCGAAUAUGACGGUUCUUGAUGCAACUCGCCGACUAUGCGCUCUCGAACUUCCCAUC